CCCAAAACCCGCGGAUAUCCGCCCCGAACCCGCUCCGCUGCCAUCCUUAGAUCCCAGGAUCCUAUGUUCUACUAUGUUAAGGUUCUUGCAUUGCACUCAGCUGAUUAGUUAGUGUUUGCUAACCAGCUGAGUAAAUUUAAAGGGGAUGUGCAUGUACUGCACGUCUGUAAUUUUUAACAUCUAUAACUUGUCAAAUACUUUAGAAAAUAGAAAUUGUUAUUGGAGCAGUAUUAUCACCAGCAUUACUUUUUAAAGGGGAGUUUGGUGCUUCUCCCUCCCAGUGAUGCCGUCAUGCGGAUGACGGUGAUGAUGAUCGAUGUCGCCAACGUCAGUGUCGAUUUUGGGAGGUUUGCCUUUCAAGACGAGAUGAAAUCAGGUUGGUUAUUAGAUCCUGUCUGUUUUGGUGGUUCAGCUCUCCUUCGGGGUUCUUCGUCGUCCGGUGGUUUGGAGUUUCCGAUUGUCCUUGAGGCGUCGGAGUCUUUGUUGCCUGACAAUGUGAUGGUCAAUCCAGCUGAGUCGUUCAAUAUUAACAAAGCAUGUCAUUUUUUAUGUGCUGGUGAAGACAACAUUCAAAAAAUAUGUUUCUUCGCCAGGGAGGAAGUCGGCUUCAAGUUGUGGGUUCCCGCUGCCGGUAGCGAGGAAGACCGGGAGGUGCUUACAAGGAUGGGGUUGUGCUUUCACUUUCUUUCCGGUAUGUCUUUAUAAGCUGUGGGCUGUAACUACUAAAAUAUGAAUGAAAUAUAAAUCCGGUUUCUAAAAAAACAAAAAGAAGGGCACCCCUCAAAGAAAAGAUGAAAAGAAAAUAAAGAUGCAUAUACAGCAAAUUAAAGAGUCUGUUCAUAGCUGUUGAAAUCACUCAGCCUUUUCUCAUUUGCUUAAUAUCUUGAUCAGAAAUGAUUGGGUGCGAAUCAAGAUCAAUAUAUAUAUGGAGCGAGAACAAGAUGUGAAAGGUCCAGACCGAGCUUGAAUUGCCUUAUGAGAACAAAAUAGCUGUAGUCUGCUCAGAGUCAGCAUCGUAUACCUUAAUUACAAAAACUUAGACACGUGUUGAGUAUAUAUACUACUAGUGUGCUAACUGCUAAGACAUCACAUCCCUUACAAUGACCAUCUACUAAUUCUCCUUUCUGGCGACAUGACUGGGGCAUAAAACUAGUGGGGAGCAUUAAGAGGAUAUGGUCUUCUGGAAAUUCAAAUAGUACAUCCAUCAUGCACGGUUGGAAGCGUAUCCUUUAUUUAAGAACGCGACAUUUCGGCACUUCAAAGAAUUUUAUUAUUUUCUAGCGUUAAAUAUAAUCGGUACGCUGUGAUUGCAGGAACAAAAAAAGAAAAAGAAAAAGACAUACGUUCGCCAGAUGUGUACAGAUGCGCCAAAUUUGAAUAUAGCAACGUGCACAAUUUUCUACAAUUUUGAAUUUUCUACUAUAGGCGGGGUUGCUUUUCUGGGGGAGUAUUAUUUUGCGUUGCUCUGCUCCUCCCCUUGCUUAGCUUGUUGCUUCUUAUUCGCUCAGUCAGUUUAGUUGUCAACUCUCCCGUCGAAAUCCAUACGCCUAUAUUGGCGACGAACCCCUUGCUCUCUCACUCUCGUUGCUGUGCCUGUCCCAACUCCCAAGUCGGCAAGUCCCAACCCAACCUCGCCUGCAAAGCUCGCCCGAGCACACGAGGAACGGCUGUAAUGGCGGGAGGGGGAUUCGUCGCGGCGGAGGGCGGCCGGGUGCGCGACUACAGCGGCGGCGUGACGUUCUCCGUCGUGGUCACCGGCCUCAUGGCAGCCUCCUGCGGCCUCAUCUUCGGCUACGACAUUGGCGUCUCAGGUGGCGUGACGCAGAUGGAGUCGUUCCUGGAGAGGUUCUUCCCGGAGGUGCUCCGCGGGAUGAGGAGCGCCAAGCGCGACGCCUACUGCAAGUACGACAACCAGCUGCUCACCGCGUUCACGUCGUCGAUGUACAUCGCCGGCAUGCUGGCCUCGCUGGUGGCCAGCGGCGUCACCAGGAGGGUGGGCCGCAGGGCCGUCAUGCUUGUCGGCGGCACCAUGUUCCUCGCCGGCUCCGUCAUCAACGCCGGGGCCGUCAAUAUCGCCAUGCUCAUCGUCGGCCGGAUCCUGCUCGGCUUCGGCGUUGGCUUCACAGCGCAGGCGGCUCCACUGUAUCUCGCCGAGACAUCACCGACCAGAUGGCGCGGCGCCUUCACCACGGCCUACCAUUUCUUCCUUGUCGCCGGCACGCUGGCCGCCAACGUCGCCAACUACUUCACCAACCGCAUCCCCGGCUGGGGCUGGCGCGUCUCCCUCGGCCUCGCCGCCGCGCCGGCCGCCGUCAUCGUCACGGGCGCCCUCUUCGUCUCGGACACCCCCAGCAGCCUCAUGUUGCGCGGCGAGCCGGACAGGGCCCGCGUGUCGCUCCAGCGCAUCCGCGGCGCGGACGCCGACGUGGAGGCCGAGCUCAAGGACAUCGCCCGCGCCGUCGAGGAGGCACGCCGGGACGAGGAGGGCGCGUUCAAGAGGCUGCGCGGCGUGGGGUACCGGCACUACCUGGUGAUGAUGGUGGCCAUCCCCACGUUCUUCGACCUCACCGGCAUGGUCGUCAUCUCCGUGUUCUCGCCGGUGCUGUUCCGGACGGUCGGGUUCAGCAGCCAGAAGGCGAUCCUCGGCGCCGUCACCGUCAGCCUCGUGAGCUUGUCCGGCGUCGUACUGUCCACCUUCGUCGUCGACCGGUGCGGCCGCAGGUUCCUGUUCCUCGCCGGCGGCACCACCAUGCUCAUCUUCCAGGUGGCCGUGUCAUGGAUCCUGGCGGACCACCUCGGGAAGCACGGCGCGGCGGCGGCGGCGAUGCCCCGGAGCUACGCGGUGGGCGUGGUGGUGCUCAUGUGCCUCUACACCUUCAGCUUCAGCCUGUCGUGGGGGCCGCUCAAGUGGGUGGUGCCGGGCGAGAUCUACCCCGUGGACAUCAGGUCGACGGGGCAGGCCAUCACCCUGUCCGUCGCGCUCACCCUCUCCUUCACGCAGACGCAGGUGUUCGUCUCCAUGCUCUGCGCCAUGAAGUACGCCAUCUUCCUGUUCUACUCCGGCUGGGUGCUGGCCAUGACGGUUUUCAUCGCGGCGCUCCUGCCGGAGACCAAGGGGGUGCCGCUGGAGGCCAUGCGGUCGGUGUGGGCGGGGCACUGGUUCUGGAGGAGGUUCGUCGUCUUGGACGCCAAGCAGGAGCUUGAUCAGCUGAACCGCAUGUGACAAGAAUCAUGCCGUGAAAGUCGUAUUAUUACCGGCCGGUAUCUUAGUGUGCAAUAAUGUGUUUGCCGUGGUUUAUAUGGGUUUUCAUGAAGAUCGUGAUUUCCACCAGAUAUGUUCCCAUUAUCAAUGGAGUUCUGUAGCUCGCUUCCGCGAUCUGCUCUUCCGCAAAGGCCGGUAUCUUCUUGCUCUCUCUUCUCUCCA